CUAAAUUGUGGUAAUUCCUUAGGUAUAACAACAUCGGCUACAACAUAUGGGCCAGGAACCGGGAGGAUCUGGAUGGCUAUCAGCUAUUGCUCUGGAAAGAAACUUGCUCUGUGGCAUUGUGUUAUUACUGAAUGGGGAAAGAACAACUGUGAUCAUAAAGAUGAUGUUACUGUGUUCUGCUCAGGACAUGAUAUAUCAGUGCGUCUGGUGGAUGGAGAGAGCCGCUGUGCCGGGAGAGUGGAGGCCCUGGGGAAUGACACCUGGGGCAGAGUCCUGGAUGAUGAUUGGACGAUAGAUGACGCCGGGGUUGUAUGCAGACAGUUGCUCUGCGGUGAUGCAGAUGAGGCAUCUGUCACUGAGGCACCGACACAUAACACCUCUAUAAUAUGGUAUACAGUUACCUGUCAGGGGAAUGAGACUGCACUACAGGAUUGUGUUACUGCUACGUACAACCCCACAGCUACAGGGAAGACGGGUGUUGGGGUCACCUGCUCAGAGAGUAAGCGGCUGCGGCUGGCUGGUGGCCCCAGUAGAUGCGCCGGGAGAGUGGAAGUCUAUCACCAGGGAGAGUGGGGCACAGUCUGCGAGUACCUCUGGAGCUGGGUCAUGAAGGACACUGAAGUUGUUUGUAGACAACUAAAUUGUGGUAACGUCAUAUCCGUAACAAGAGCCACGACUUACGGGCUAGGAACUGGGAGGAUCUGGAUGGAUGGAUUACGUUGUAAUGGAAAUGAGCUGGCUCUAUGGCAUUGUCCUUUCUCUGGAUGGGGAGAUACCAGAUGUGAGCAUGAAGAGGAUGUUGGUGUGAUCUGCUCAGGACAUGAUAUAUCAGUGCGUCUGGUGGAUGGAGAGAGCCGCUGUGCCGGGAGAGUGGAGGCCCUGGGGAAUGAUACCUGGGGCACAGUCCUGGAUGAUGAUUGGACGAUAGAUGACGCCCGGGUUGUAUGCAGACAGUUACUCUGCGGUGAUGCAGAUGAGGCAUCUGUCACUGAGGCACCGACACAUAACACCUCUAUAAUAUGGUAUACAGUUACCUGUCAGGGGAAUGAGACCGCACUACAGGAUUGUAUUACUGCUACGUCCAACCACACAGCUACAGGGAAGACGGGUGUUGGGGUCACCUGCUCAGAUAGCAAGCGGCUGCGGCUGGCUGGUGGCCCCAGUAGAUGCGCCGGAAGAGUGGAAGUCUCUCACCAGGGAGAGUGGGGCACAGUCUGUGGCAGUUACUGGGACAUGCAGGACGCUGAUGUGGUCUGUAGACAACUAAACUGUGGCCAUGCCAUAGGUAUAUCAUCAGCUGGAGUAUAUGGGCUAGGAACUGGGAGGAUCUGGAUGCGAGAGUUACAAUGUACUGGAAGUGAGCUGGCUCUAUGGCAUUGCUACUUCGGAAGAUGGGACAGUACAGGUUGUCCACAUGACAGAGAUGCUGGUGUGACAUGCUCAGGUCACAGAGAAUACAGGCUAACUGAUGGACCUAAUACUUGCUCAGGGAAUGUAGCAGCCAGACAUGGUGACACGUGGGGCUAUCUCCGUGAGACUGCCAUGGACCUAACAACGGCCAACGUCAUGUGCAGAGAGGCUGGAUGUGGACUAGCGGUGCCGUCAUCUCUGACCCAUACCAGGAGACCUGGAGCAAUCUGGGAAGAAGAAAUCAAGUGUGUUGGGGAUGAGUCCAAGUUAUUCCAGUGUCAGAGAGUUCCUACGGCUGAGGAAAGCUGCGACAGCCACAAUAUCCUUACUGUUCAGUGCCAAGGUACAUUCCAAGGCUACAGACUCGGGAACAGUAGUGAGAAUUGCUCCGGCAGAGUGGAGCUGCUGUACCGGGGAGAAUGGAAGUCACUGUGCAGCUCCCACUGGGACUUACACGUCGCCAAUGUCCUGUGCAGACAGAUACUCUGUGGUGCCGCGGCCUCAGUCCCAGCUGGAGGAUACUUUGGGACAACACGUGGAUAUUGGACAGACAGGUUCCACUGUAAAGGCACCGAGGCUCACCUUUGGGAAUGUGACGUCACUGCACUUGGGAACAGUAAGUGCCACACGUGGGACACUGCAGGCGUGAUAUGCACAGGAACGGAGGAGUCAAUGCGUCUGGAGGAUGGAGACAGCCAUUGUGCUGGGAGACUAGAGGUCCUCACCAAUAGUACAUGGAGGAGAGUGGUGGCCAGUCAGUGGGACAUCACAGAGGCACAAGCUGUCUGCAGGGAAUUACACUGUGGAGAAGCCGUUGAGGCAUUUACUAUUGGAACGAUACCACGGACCAAUGGUCAUGUGACCUCCAAGCAAUAUUUGUUCCAGCUAAACGAGAUCCAACUAAAUCACUCAUCACUCACUGAUCUGCCCUCUAUGGGGGCACAUUCCAGCGGGGCACAGGAUGUAGGAGUAAUCUGCUCAGAAAGCAGACGUCUGCGCCUGGUAAAUGGUCCUGGGCGCUGUGCCGGCAGAGUGGAGGUCUAUCACCAGGGAGAGUGGGGGACGAUCUGUGAUGACUUGUGGGACACAGCAGACGCCAAUGUGGUUUGCAGACAGCUAAAUUGUGGUCAUGCUCUUAACGCCACAACCCGUGCCCGUUACGGGGAAGGAACUGGGAAGAUCUGGAUGGACGAUGUAAGAUGUAGCGGGAAUGAAACUGCUCUUUGGAAUUGUCCGUUCAGCCGGUGGGGUCGGCACAACUGUCGGCACAAAGAGGACAGUGGCGUAACGUGCUCAGAGUUGACGGAUGUUCGUCUGGUUGGGGGACCGGAUGGCUGUGUAGGAUGGCUGGAGGUCUAUUAUAAUGGAAGUUGGGGGUCUGCGUGUAAUAAUCACAUGAACGAUGUCUCAGUCUCGGUUAUCUGUAAACAUCUCAGCUGUGGAUCUAGCAGGCAGCUCAUCAUAUCGCGCACACAUGAACUUGGAAAUAAACCCGUUUGGGUGGACCAUAUAGAUUGCCGCAAACAUGCCAGCCUCUUAUGGCAGUGCCCCUCGUCCCCAUGGAAGAGAGACUCCUGUUAUGAUAAUGAACUGGCAGUAAUUAAAUGUGAGAGAAGGGAAACACGGCGUCCUGUCACCUGCCCGGCAUCAGAGCCCUGUACAGAUAACGACCGAGUCCGUCUCACUGGGGAGAACAACUGCUCGGGCAGAGUGGAGGUCUAUUAUCAGGGAGUGUGGGGAACAGUCUGUGAUGAUGACUGGGACAUGCAGGAUGCGGAGGUGGUGUGUAAGCAGCUGGGGUGCGGCUCAGCCAUGAAGGCCACUGGAGAGGCCAGAUUUGGGGAUGGGACAGGCCCCGUCUGGCUGAGCGAGGUGAAUUGCCGAGGUUAUGAGAAGGCCCUGCAGGACUGCUGGUCUCUGCGCUGGAACACGAGCGACUGUCUCCACAAGGAAGAUGCUGGAGUCCUGUGCUAUGGACUCACAGAAAAAGGCCCAGCUACUGCGUCAGUCACAGCAUCAGGGCAUCUCACACCCGUUCCACCCCAGACACCCGUUCCUCCGGUUCUCCUUGUGUUCCUCAUUGUGCUGGUGUCCUUUCUUGUUAUUGGGGUCACUGUUAUCGGGAUUCUGAUAAGAAUUAUAAAGAGAGAUAAAAAGGCCCUCAGGAGCAUGCGCUCAGUGUCGCCCUAUGAGCCUGUGUAUGAGGAGAUUGAUCUAAGAAUGCGGAAACAUCCGGACAGCGGGUACCAGCAGCCAGCGGUUUCCCCGGAUGGUGCUGAGCAGACGCUGGAGUAUUAUUAUACCAGUGAGGAGAGUCGCCUUGUGACGCCAGGUUCCUCUCCAGACCGCAAGAUGUCAGAAUAUGACGACGCCACGUUAUUUUCUGACGCUCUGACCAUCGGUGGGACAGAUGGGAGUAACGGUAACUGUGUAACACACAGGAAUUACAUGUUUCUAAGUAGACUUCCAUUAUUGCUACUAUAA